CAUCAUCAACCCCAUAACAGCAUACAUCCAUACGUUGCGAGUGCUGCGCCCGAUCACAUCACAGACAGCCCUGCUCGAGCAUCCUCUGCCGGUACAGGUAUCUAAAGCCGACGACAAAGCUGCGGAUCGCCCUCAGAGCCCUUGAGCUUUCACCAAUCAAAGUUGCGAAAACCUAAUCACUAUUGUUCAAGAUGUCAGAGAGCGGUCCGCCUUACUUGCAUGCUCGCUACCAGAUCGUAAGCAUAGACUGGAAUGUUCCUCUGGAUAGCAACACAAAACUCGCUCGGAACGGAAACCUCAGCCAGACCGUGACGACAAGUCUCGAUCCGCAGUCCUAUUAUCGUGACUUGUCAGUGGCAGUUCUCGCCGUUCAACAGAAAUUGAACGAUGAGUUGACUCGAUGGAAAGAGCACGUUGGAGAUGCAGAGCGGUUCAAAGAAGGCGCAGGCCAAGCGGGAGACAAGCUGCCAUCAUCUACAAGGCAUGCUACAGGAGGAGAUGAAGUAUCAGAUGAUCAAAGUGGAGACGAAGAGACGCUGUGAUAUUUGCCACGUCAUGAGUCUAGCUAGACACUUCGCCACCGUUGUUGUCCCCGCU